GGAAGCUGCGCGUGCCUGUCUGCACGAAGCUGAAACACUAAAUGAGACCAAAUCCAGAAAGUACAUCUCCGAGCAGCUGCUGCAAAGACACCAGGAACAUUCCCCAUAGAAAGGUUUAUCUCUCCGGCCUCCACCAUGAUGAAGGAAUGUCUGCAGUUCCUGAUCGAGCCGGCCAAGAAGCUCAAGAUCCGACUCAAGGAGUCUCGUAAGCGAAUGAAGUUGGAGAAGAAGGAGCCGCUAGUGGAGAGCCAGUUAUUCAUCAUGGAGUUAGCCCGAGAACUCAACAAAAUCUGCCAGAGGUCGAGCAUCCUCAGCCACAUCUGGACCAGUGAGGACGUCUGGCCGCCCGCUGUGUGUCGGGAUUUCAUCGUGGAGUGGGCUGCCGUGCUGGAGAAGAGAGUGAAGCCGAGGCUCAUCCAGUCUGUAAACCAGUAUGAGAAACCGGAGAAGAAGGACUGGAGAGGACACCUCCUCUGCAUGCUGGAGGCGGGGGGGGAGGGAGACAUGGGGCCCCACAAACGAGUCAUCAUGGACUGGACUCAAGAGAUCAGAAGCAGACCUCAGAACACCGUGUGGCCGGGGGAAGCGGUGCUCAUGGUUCUGGACGACCUGGAGCUCCAGUGGAAGAGGGGCCGUCUCCAAAACCUGCUGCCCGCCAUGGAGCUCCUUAUCCUGGCCGUGAUGAACGCAGACAGCCCCCUCAAGGAGGACGUGACGAAGCAGUGGCUGGUGAGGAAGCAGCGCAGCCAGAAGACCGACGCUGCACGAUACAUCCCCCACAGCGUGUGGAACUGGAUCUGUGAUGCUGCAGAGGAAGUGAAGCUUGACUCGGACUCGGCGAACCCGGACCUGAUCAUCUCCAGCGAUGAGAAACGGAUGCGUUGCGGCCUCGAACAUCGAGACGUCCCUCGGUGCCAGCGGCGUUUCAACGGCUGGUGGUGCUCCGCGGGCCAGGAGGGAUUCACCUCGGGACGCCAUUACUGGGAGGUGGAAGUCGGGCAGCGUGACUGGAGGCUCGGCGUGGCGAAAGCGUCCGCGGUGAGGCAGGGUUACAGAUCGCUCACCACAGAUUCGGGAUAUUUAACCCUCCGUCUGGAGAGGGGUUUGGAUCUGAAGGCGCUGACGGUGCCCGCGACGCCCCUGACCCGCAUCCCACUGCCCAGGAAAGUGGGCGUUUACCUGGACUACGAGCAGGGCCAGCUGUCCUUCUACGACGUGGAGAAACGCUCGCACCUUUACACCUUCAACGACACGUUCACGGAGGAGCUGUUCCCCGUGUUCGGAACCGUGGAAGUGGUCAACGAUCUGGUGAUCCGGCCGGCGGACGUCCGGCAGCCGUGCCUCUGCACCGGGCCCUGCCUCUGGACCUGAACCCCGAAACGCUUUUGAUUGUGCUUUGAUUCUGCUGCUAGCGAAUACGAAAACUUGUGCGCUGGUUUGGGACGUAAGAAGCGUUCACAUCGGAGAUUUGCAUCGCUUCAUUCGCACGAGUUUGACCUGCGGCAUCAUUUGUGGAUACCAGCGUCAAAACAACAAAAUAAACAUAUUUUGCAGGGAUUUAAUGUUGAUACAUGUAUCAAAAUGAUCCCGAAAUGACUCAGACUGAUACCAAUUCGUACAUACAACGAGUUAACGAGUGUGUUCGCAAGAUGGCAGGGAAAAAAACGUUCAAAUAUUUUCUGAAUGGAGGUCGGCUGCUAUUGAAUAGGCCUACAAAAUCUUGUGCGCUGGUUUUGGACUUAAGGAGUAUUCCCAACGGGAAGAUUUGUGGUUACCAGCGUCACAACUAAAUUUACAUAUUUUGCAGGGGUUUAAUUGUAAUUCACGUAUCAAAAUGAUCCUGAAAUGACUACUUUACUGAUACCAAUGAGUACAUACAAUGAUUUAACGAGUGUGUCCGCAAGAUGGCAGGGAAAAAAAACUUUAAAAUAUUUUCUGGAUGGAGGUCGGCUGUUAAUGAAUAUGAUUCUUGUUCGCUGGUUUUCGGGCUAAUGCUGCGUUUCCUCAACUCAACUAGCUUCAACCUUUUUUUUUAAUAUAAUGCUGACUUCUGAUUAGCAGCCGAGUUCAAAUCCUCUAAAAAGCAGCCUUGUCUUUACCUGGAAGGACAUAUUUGUAUCCAAUAAGCUUUGAAAAAGGUUUAAAAGUUCUCGAACCACAAGGAUACAUACACCUUUUGUUCCAUUUUCAGUGAAAACAUAACACCAAGAUUGUAGUUGCAAGGUCUUUAUGCCACUUAUGUUUAAUUAUUGCUUUUUUGUAUUACUCUAGAGAUGCAGAAUAACGCAAGCAGCUACUGAAGAGCCUCAGUGCAGAUAAUUACAGACGCAUGUGAAGAG